UAAUUUGGGUGACCAAUCAGCCAUUUCAGCUUUAAGAACAGCGGGAUGGAGUGGGAUUUGCCUCUACCCUUUCCUACGAGGGCUUGAGAUUUUCUGGCUUUCAAGUGGACGGUUCUAAAAAUAAUCCAUUUGCUGGUGGAGUUCCAUAUUAAGUUCUGGCUCAAUUCACAAGGAACAAAAAGGCAGGAGACCUGCCGUUGUACAGGGGUUUGGGGUAGGAUCUCUUUUCCCCCACUUUGCUUGGAGGAAUGGGGGAGCCGAAUGCAGAGGUCAAGGUGGUGAACGAAGAAACCGAUGCCAAGCCACAGCAGGUGCAUAAGAAUGGAAAGAAAGCAGAGGUUGGAGGAGGAACCUCGUUUUUCACCUGGUUCAUGGUUUUGGCUCUCCUGGGCGUCUGGACCUCUGUAGCCGUGGUGUAUUUUGACCUUGUUGACUAUCAAGGUGUAAUUGCCAAAGCAAAGGACUUGCGCUAUAAUCUUUCAGAGGUAUUACAAGGUAAACUUGUGUCCUAUGAUGCUGAUGGAGACGGAGACUUUGAUGUGGAAGAUGCUAAAGUUCUACUAGGGCUGAAAGAUAGGUCCACUACUGAGACCAUUGAAUCACCUGAGGGACCCCCUGCUGAACCUGUGGAAGAAGCUCCUGAAUCUAUCGUGGAGGAAGUAAUUCAAGCCACUAAAGUUGAAGAAGCAGCUCGGCCACCACCAGAACCAGAGACUGUGGAAGAGGAGCCUGUUCCUGUGGAAGAAGAACCUCUGGCAGUAGACGAAGAGCCCACUUCCAUAGAAGAUGAAGUAGCUGAGGAGGAACCAGAGGUUGAAGAGGAGCAAGAAGUUCCUGAGGAAGAACCAGAAGUUGUGGAGGAAGAGCCUGAGGUUACAGAGACUGUUCCAAUUGAGGAAGAGGCUUUUGAGGAGGCAGUGGAAGAGCCUGCAAAAGAGGAAGAGGUCAUACCAGUUGAAGAAGCAGUUGAGGAGGCUGCACCAGUGGAAGAAUCAGUUGAGGAGGCUGCACCAGUGGAAGAAUCAGUUGAGGAGGCUGCACCAGUGGAAGAAUCAGUUGAGGAGGCUGCACCAGUGGAAGAAUCAGUUGAGGAGGCUGCACCAGUUGAAGAAUCAGUUGAGGAGGCUCCUCCAGUGGAAGAAGCAGUAGAGGAGGCUCCUCCAGUGGAAGAAGCAGUAGAGGAGGCUCCUCCAGUGGAAGAAGCAGUUGAGGAAGUGUUGGAGGAAGAGGCUGCACCAGUAGAUGUAGUAGAAGAUGUACCACUGAAAGAAGCAAUAGAAGAAUUAGCUGAAGAAGUUGCACCUGUGGAAGAAGCGGUUGAGGAAGUGUUGGAGGAAGAGGCUGCAUCAGUAGAAGAUGCACCACUGGAAGAGGCAAUAGAAGAAGUAGUAGAAGAGGAUGGACCAGUGGAAGAAACAGUAGAGGAAGCCGCACCAGUAGAAGAAGCUGUGGAGGAGGUGGUACCAGUAGAAGAUGAUGUGGAAGAGGUUGUACCGGUAGAAGAUGAUGUGGAAGAGGUUGUACCGGUAGAAGAAGCUGUUGAGGAGCUUGUACCGGUAGAAGAAGCAGUAGAGGAACCUGAACAAGAGGAGGAAACUGAAACGACAGAACCAGAGGAAGAAGUAGAAACACCCCAAGAGACAGUUGAGGAUUCAGUCUCUGUAGAAGAAACUGUAACAGAAGAGGAAGUUAUAGAGGAAACAGAUGAGCCAGUUCAGGAAGAUGAGGAUGUACAAGACUCCAUGUCAGAGGAAACAGAGUUUGAGGCAGAGAAUAUGGAAGAAGAGGAGGAUGUAGCUGCUGAAGAAGAGCAGGCUGAGGAGGACGAAGCAGAGGAAAUUAGCCAAACAGAAGAACAAAUUGAGUAGAGCCUACAGAAACAUAAAACAUUAGGCAGUAUGUAAGAUGCGGAGAGGACCAGCACCACAUGGCAUUCCACUGGAAGUGUGCAGCUGCCAAUUCCCACCAUGGAGUAAAAAAUGGAGUUCCCUUUCAUUUUCCUGGAUUUUCCUUUUUUUUUUUUACACUCAAGCCUGUUUGUUAAUUGACAAUGCAGUCUCUUUGUGUACAAGUACACAUUUAUUUGAAUGUUUUGUCAACUUUUUUUUGGUGAUUUGACUCUUACCCCUUUUCCCUUUUGAAUCCUUUUUCUUUAAUUACAGACAAAGCUUUUCCCCAUCCUCUAACCUAGAUGUGAAGUAGCCUUUUUUGAAUGAUCAUUGAUGAUAGUUUAGUUUUGGAGUUUCCUUUCCAGUGUGUACAAACACCUUCAUGUUGCUUUAUAGCUCAGAGAUCUUCAUAUUCCAGUCGGCACUGAAUUCAUCAGUGUUUCUUUCUUCAUCAAAUCUGAUGUUUUGCUUCAUUGUGAAGGUACUAUGCAAAGCUGCACUGAUCCUUUUCGCUAUUUUUUACCCUUUGUUUUGUACUACCAAUAUGUAUUGAGUCUACAUUUCCAAUGUUGCAUAUCAAGGACAAGUUUAUGCUGGCAGGUUAACCAAGAUAAUUGCUAUGUGAACUGUAUGGAGUGAAUGGGCGUGCAUGUGCAUGUAUGUAUGUGUGUGUCUAUUUGAAAAUUCAUGACUAUGCGAAAAAAAUCAUUUGAGCCAUUUUUCUCACUAGUAUGUUUUCAUUGUUUUCUUAUGCAAUUUCCAGCAUACAGUACCUCUGUUGGAACUGUUUUGCUAAGAGUUUUUGCAGUUUAGGAAAUUUCACAUUUUUGAAACUCAGUUGCAUAACGUUGCCCCCAUCCUGUGUGUUUUUUUUUAUACUUUUGCCUUUUUCAGUAAGUCAUGUUUCAUAGGCUCAUGAUUUGACAAGCUCUGUUUCAGGUAGACACUCCAGCUGCUGUGCAGUAUGCGUCUGACAAACAGUGUUGUUUAAAUGGGUGUCUUAUGUAAUAACUGGUGAAGGAUGCCCACACAAAUAUGGAGCAACCUACUUUACACAGUUUUAUUUUUUUAUAGCAGGGUAAAGAUCUUACCUAGUGCUUUUUGUGGGACAUCACAAAUUAGUAUAUGCUUAUUAAUUUGUCAAAUGUCAUACACUGCCUAUGUAUUGACUUCACUGUGCAUUUAUUCUGGCCCUUUCAGCUGUUGUAGGCACAUCUGUAAGAAUACAAGAUAAUUUUGUCAUUGUACAUUCAGAAAGAGAUAAAUGGUUGUCAGUUUAAUAUCAUAGCAAGUCAAAAUUAGUUUGUAUUUAAUAUCGAUGUUUUCAUGGUUUUUAUUACAACACAAUGUAGCUUUCAUCCUUGAUGCAGAGUAGUUGGUUAAUAAAUUGAAAACUUGUUUGAUCUUUUGAAGGAAAUCCAAUUCUGGCCCCUGAAUUGUUUCACUGUGGAAUAUUAUUAUUAUUUUUAAUUUUUUUUUCAUUGUAAUGUUGUUACACUGUGGUUUUAUGGGGCCUGCCAGAAUAGAUGUUGUUUUUGUGAUAGACCUUAGGAAAUGCUGCAGAUCUCUUCAAAACAAUGGUUUCAUAACAUAUACAAGUGGCUCAAAUAUAGAUUUAGUUUUUUUUUUUUUUUUUUUUCUACAACACUAGAGGGUGUUUUGGACCCCUAAUACUUUUGAAGUCAAUGUGAAUUUUUAAAGUGGUAUUAGUUUUACAAAGUAAAAAAACUUUUUUUUUUUUAGGAUUUUUUUAGGAUUUUUUCAGGAUUGCUUUUAUUUAGGAUUUGACAAUUUAUAGUCAAAUAGAAUGAAUUUUAUGAAAGUGUUAACUUCUCAAAGCCAUAUGUGAAAGGUUGGAUAUAGUAGCCUUAGUACAGGUUCAAGGGACAGGCACAUCACAACCAGCAAUAACACCAUUUGUGAAGGGAACAUUUUUUAUUGAAAUCCAGAUAUAAACAGAGGUUUACUUGAGGCUUUCUAUCCAGAGGUUUACAUGAAAUCCUGCUGUAUAGGCUAACUCAUUUUAAGUUAUUGAGGAAAUGCAAUUUUAGGGAGUUUUGGGUGACUUUUCAGAAAUCUGUAAACAACUGUAAAUGUGCUGCAAUAAAGGUUGGGUACAAUAAAAUCA